CAGAAACGAGGCGCUUCCUGCCAUUUCUCCCCAAUGAGAAGCCGCCGGUCCAAUCACCAUGUUCACUCCCCCGUCGUCCAGCUCGCUGCUCAGCAAUGUCAGCAGUCUAUCGAGCAUAUCUUCCAUACACCUCCAGAUAGUAGCCAUGAUCGCCAAGGCCCUCGCUUGACCCCUUCAACACAAGCCCUGCCACCGUCGGCAUCCAGCCCUUCAAACCAUCAGCUCACGCCACGAAUGAGCCAAAGCGGGCCACUGGGAACAAUACAACCGACAGCAAGCCGACUUCUGGAUGAUUCGCUCUACAUAGACGAGCUUCUCGCCACCAACUGUACACGACAGGCGAGGACAAAUGACAGGUCCACCUUCACGGCCGAUGAUGACCACGUGGGAAGCUCCGCCCUCGCCUUUUACUCGGAGAAGUCCAUGUCGAGUCUUUCGGAGCGACUGGGCCAUGACAGGGUCCGCCAGCUUUUGGCGACAAUAGAAACUAGCGCAGGUGAAGCCAUGAAUGUGCUCACUGAUUGUGAUCCUUCCAUGAUCAGCAACCAAAAUUUACAGCGCAACCUGCACUCAUGCAAGCCAUUCAUGGUGCUCUUCUACGCGGUCAUUUCACUUGGAUGUAUGAACCAGGAUGGGGGCUCCUUCAAGGCCGGCAAGGGGACCGCCUCUCAACUCUUUUCUCGCGCAGCCCUUUGUGCAAUGGCCGUCUAUUCCCUGACGGCAGAGGGCUACAGGCACGAAGGACUCUUCAUACGAGAGGCUGGACGCGCAGCCUCGGCAAUGAGUAAGAGGAGUUUUGAGAACCCCAUGGACGAACACUGCCGUCAAGGUACCUUCUGGGUCAUAUACUACAUCGAGAAGGAAUACUCUUUCCACACUUGCAUGGCUUCUGUUAUUUGCGACGCCGACAUCAGCUGCCCACUCCCAAACCCCACCCCCGUCAUUCUGGAGGGUUUGGACUGGGUACGAACUAGCGCCUCCUUUUCCCGUCUUCUCUGGAAAGCAUAUGUGUCUUUGUUUUCCAUUAGCGCUACCUUCAGAACAAAGGAAGAGCAGUUCGAAAAAAUCGCCGGCGUGACAACCGACAUCGACAAUUGGCUGAAGACAAUACCCGAAAAGCUCUGCCCGAACCAUGGUCUUCCUAAUCUGCGCUUCACCCAGCCAGGACACGCCAUGAUCGUGUUGCGUUUGCACUUUAUGUACUAUGGACUGAUUGUCUCCCUGGCGCGUUUGAAACUGCACCUCUCCGACGCCCAAUCGACCAGGCGAUCUGACGCAACUGUAUCUCUGUUAAUGGCGGCGCGGGCCAUUGUCGCGCUGGUCCAGUUCAUACCUCAGGAGCCGAGCACGCCUAUGAUAUGUCUUAUUCAUAUGCCGAUGAUGGCAAUGUUCGUGCUCUUUGACUGCGUCGUGCAUAAUCCCCACCACCCGGAGACAGCCAAGAGUCUCGCAUUCCUUGACAUUACAGCCGGCUAUUUCUCCAGACUAGAACUCGUCUAUGCAUCCCAAGGUGCUCCUGGAACUGUGCACUUCGGCGAAUUUACCGCCAUUGCCCAUGAGUAUGUCCGCAGACAACAACAAAACCACUCGCAGAUCGACCCAAGAGGCGCGGCUGGCAGAAGCAUUCCAGCCAAUCACGAUCGCCCCUCGCCAUCGAGCACAACCACAGCUUACGGAGCUAUGGACGGGCAUUUGGAGCCGGGACAGGAUCGUAGACCCUACCACCUGGAUAUUUCACAGCAGAACCCUGCUCACGGCCUGGGAGGUGAUAAUGCAAGUUCUUUCUAA